UCCAAAAACAAAAAAUAAAUAAAACAAUUCUCCAUCACCACGACGGAGACAUAUCCCCUCCGUGACUGCAUGUUCCCCGCCGUUUAUUCGCAAUACAAAAUUGUAAUUUUUAUAAUCGUAAAACACAUAAUAAAAGAAAAAUGGGAGGAGGAGGAGGCGGAGGAGGCAGUAUAGAAGGCCCGAGAGAGCUUGAUCAGACCCCAACAUGGGCCGUCUCCACCGUUUGUGGAGUUAUCAUCUUGAUCUCUAUCAUCUUGGAGCUCAUGAUUCACAAAGUCGGAUCGGUGUUCGAGAAAAAGAAGAAGAAAGCCUUAUACGAAGCUCUUCAAAAGAUCAAAAACGAGCUAAUGGUUUUGGGAUUCAUUUCGCUGCUACUAACAUUCGGACAAAACUACAUCGCAAGCUUGUGCGUGGCGUCAAAAUACGGUAACGCUAUGUCCUUCUGUGGUCCGUACGAUGGUCCAUCUGGUGACACUAAGAAGGUAAAGGACACCGAUCACAUGCAGAGGCAUCUUCUCUCCCUUCAACGCCGUGUUUUGGCUGGAGGUGCUCCUGCUGAGUGCAAGAAGGGCUAUGUGCCGCUUAUAUCACUCAACGCGUUGCACCAAGUGCAUAUCUUUAUCUUCUUCUUGGCUGUGUUUCAUGUCAUUUAUAGUGCUAUUACCAUGAUGCUUGGAAGAGCAAAGAUUCGUGGAUGGAAAGUAUGGGAAGAAGAGGUCGUAAAUGAUCAUGAAAUGAUGGAUGAUCCUUCAAGAUUUAGGCUUACACAUGAGACAUCUUUUGUUCGGGAGCAUGUUAAUACUUGGGCGAGGAACCGAUUCUCCUUCUACGUUAUGUGUUUCUUUCGUCAGAUGCUGAGAUCUGUAAGAAAAUCUGACUACUUGACGAUGCGUCAUGGGUUCAUUAGUGUCCAUUUGGCACCGGGGAUGAAGUUUAAUUUCCAAAAAUACAUCAAAAGGUCAUUGGAAGACGACUUCAAGGUAGUCGUGGGAAUCAGUCCUGCGCUAUGGGCCUUUGUAAUGAUCUUUUUACUCGUUGAUGUGCACGGAUGGUAUGUUACUGCUGUGAUUACCAUGGUUCCUCCAGUUUUGACAUUAGCGAUAGGAACCAAGCUUCAGGCUAUUAUAUCAGACAUGGCUUUGGAGAUUCAAGAGAGACAUGCAGUGAUACAAGGGAUGCCACUAGUCAAUGUCUCUGACCGACAUUUCUGGUUCGCUCGUCCCGCUUUAGUCCUCCAUAUCAUCCAUUUCAUUCUCUUCCAGAAUGCUUUUGAGAUCACCUACUUCUUUUGGAUAUGGUAUGAGUUCGGAUUAAGGUCCUGUUUUCAUCACCAUUUCUACCUCAUAAUCAUUCGGGUUGCUCUAGGGGUGGGAGUACAAUUUCUUUGUAGCUACAUCACACUUCCUCUCUACGCUCUCGUGACUCAGAUGGGAUCAACGAUGAAGCGAUCGGUGUUUGAUGAGCAAACGUCAAAGGCAUUAAAGAUGUGGCAUAAGAAUGCAAAGAAAAAGAGUGAAACGCCAGGUCCAGUGCCUACAACCCGACCUAGAACCGCGGGCGAUAUUGAGUCUGCUCCGGCUAACAUCACCGCAAGUGUUGAUAAUAAGGAAGGAGAACAGGGCCGUAAACCUGGUGACCUAUUAAGCGGUCCCUAGAAACCAGUUCGGUCAAGACACUGUACUUUCCGGCUUACUGAAAUACUAUUACAUAAUUUUUAUUAUUAUUAUAGGUUCUAAGCAUUUAUUUUAUGUAAUUAUUUGUUGUAUAACAAUAGUUCAAUUUUGUACAGCCUACCAAAGGACAUAAUAUAAAUCUGACCUAUA